CACUUAUGUGUACACACUACCAUGGAUUUAAAAACCAGGAAGUUAACAAACAUGUCGACCAGCUCGUCGUACGUUGUAGUUCUGUUAUACACAUGGAAUGUAUUCUCAUUCACGCGAGGAAUACCAACACUAGAUAAACUCAGUUCAGGAAACACCGUGGUUACAGAGAGUGGAUUAUCUGUAACAGGAAGAACUACACAGUGUUACAGUCAAGUGCCGUCGUUUACCUGGGAGUUAGUGUCUACAGAUGGAAGUUUCUGCUGACUGGAGACACAGCUACAGCUACAGGUGGUGGAUCCUGCAGUGGUGGAAGUAGUCUGUACACAGGAACUGUAUCAAUGAGUUACUAUUAUCCAGUUGUGUAUGGACAGACUGUUAACUUACGUCUUACCAUCAACAAAACACCAAGUAUCUCCACCACAUCAACAGGGACACUCUCUUUUCCAGUUUCCUACAAUUUGACUGGAUCAUCAGAGAUGGCGUCACUAGGACAACAGUUUACAUGGACCUGUCAGAUGACUGUCGCUCCUACCGAAACACAAGUAUACGUCAGGUUCUACAGAAACGAGACCAGUGUUGGUGUUGUUGGAUAUACCACUCAAUGUCAAGGAUUUGGUGUGAAUUCUAGAUACAGCUAUAGUUGUACUACACCGAGAGAGUUCAAUCUCAUCAUACCACCACAAAGUGUGACAGAAGAUGAACAAUAUACCGUAUGGAGAUGUGCUUAUUACACCGGAUUUCCAUCCUACAGUAGCGUUCAGAAACAACUCGUCAUCGCAAUUGAUGUAAGCAGCGUGUCUCUGUAUCCCAGUGAUGACCCACUGACAAUAACAGCAGGAGAACAGCGGACUGUUAGAUGUGUUGUCAAUGACGAUGCCUCACCUCUACCAGUCUACCAAUGGUUUAUAGGUACAAUAGCUGUAGGAGGCACGUCUACCCUCACCAUAACGGGAAGGAAAUCAGACAAUGGGAUGUCACUGCGAUGUCAAGCAACCAAUAACAAUAAACCAAGGAAUGCCUCCAUCACCCUCAACAUUCAAUUUAAUGUAAGCAGCGUGUCUCUGGAUCCCAGUGAUGACCCACUGACAAUGACAGCAGGAGAACAGCGGACAGUUAGAUGUGUUGUCAAUGACGAUGCUUUCCCUGUACCAGUCUACCAAUGGUUUAUAGGUACAACAGUUGUAGGAGACAAGUCUACUCUCACCAUAACGGGAAGGAAAUCAGACAAUGGAAUGUCACUGCGAUGUCAAGCAACCAACAACAAUAAACCAAGGAAUGCCUCCAUCACCCUCAACAUUCAAUAUAAACCUGAAGUGACAACCAGUACAUCAAGCCCAUACCGGGUUGUAGAGGGUCAGUCAGCUACCAUGACAUGUCGUGUGAGUGCUGCCAACCCCAACACAGGCAUUACAUGGAGCUGGAUCAAGACAGACAGUCCUAGUAAUGUCCUCCAUACAGGGUCUACUUACACCAUCUCCAACAUACAGAGGGGAAGAUCCGGGACAUACAGCUGUACAGCUAGGAACUCUAUAGGGACAUCUACACCAGUUACAGUACAAGUAGAUGUACAGUAUAAGCCCGAAGUGACCACCAGCACGUCAAGUCCAUACCGGGUUGUAGAGAGUCAGUCAGCUACCAUGACAUGUAGUGUGAGUGCUGCCAACCCCAACACAGGCAUCACAUGGAGCUGGAUCAAGGCAAACAGUCCUACUAAUGUCCUCCAUACAGGGUCUACCUACUCCAUCUCCAACAUACAGAGGGGAGCAUCCGGGACAUACAGCUGUACAGCUAGGAACUCUAUAGGGAUAUCUACACCAGUUACAGUACAAAUAGAUGUACAGUAUAAACCUGAAGUGACCACCAGCACAUCAAGUCCAUACCGGGUUGUCGAGGGUCAGUCAGCAACCAUGACAUGUAGUGUGAGUGCUGCCAACCCCAACACAGGCAUCACAUGGAGCUGGAUCAAGACAGACAGUCCUAGUAAUGUCCUCCAUACAGGGUCUACCUACACCAUCUCCAACAUACAGAGGGGAGCAUCCGGGACAUACAGCUGUACAGCUAGGAACUCUAUAGGGACAUCUACACCAGUUACAGUACAAAUAGAUGUACAAUACCUUCCUAAGAUAGGGACUUCCAAGCCAGUGGUGACCAGACUUAUGAAGAGUCUUCAUCAUUCAGUAUAACAUGUAAUGUUGACAGUUAUCCUUAUUCUGCCAUUAGUAUUCAAAACUUAGAGACUGGAGAAUCAAUAGCAUCUGAUGGACCAAGAGAAUCUCUAACGUUUCAAGAAUCAUCUGCCAAGUGUUAUCAGACUGCAAAUUAUGUAUGUCACAGCACAAAUUCCUAUGGAUCUACAUCAUCAACGACACAAAGAAUUCAGGUUUAUUGUAGUCCAAGACCUUCUGAUGGAAGGUCCAGUAUUGACAUAGGGAUAAAGGCAGGCGAAGGACUGAAUGUAUCGACACAAUUUAUUGGUUAUCCUCUCCCGACAUUCUCAUGGAACUUUAAAAGGAAUGUGACAGACAAUCCAACAUCAGUACCCGGGCAACACCAGCUACAUUCCAGAC